AAAGCCCAGCCCGUCAGCUUUGGCUUCUUUCCUAUUCGUAUGAUAUCGCUCUCCAUCUCCACCUGAAGAGCAGUAGAGUAAUGGCGUCAACAACGGCAUCAAUUGUACCGACGAGGUCGGAGGUGCUGUGGCUUUUCCGGUCGCUUCUACGCACGGCCCGGCAGUUCACCGACUACAACGUAAGGGAGUACACCAAGUGCCGAACCGUCGACGGGUUUCGCCAGAACCGGACCCUGACGGACCGGGACGCGCUCGCCUCCGCCUUCUCUUACGGCAAGGCCCAGCUCGAGAUCGCAAAGAGACAGGCCAUCGUCUAUUCCCUCUACGCUCCCAAGGUCAAGAGCAUCAUGGACAUCAAACCCUGAAACCCAAGCCCCAAAAUUUAUGGUACUUUCUUGUUGUAGCUCGAGGAUGGUCUUCUCUUUGUUUAUUGUCAAUUUUAACUAAAUAUUUUUUUGUUAUUGAUAUAGUAAAGUGACAAUUUUGAUUUUGGAUU